CUCCGAUCACCCGUAGUAGUAGCCGAUGACACUAACCCUGAAAAUGGCGGAGAAGAAAACAGCAGUACGCUCACAUGACCCAAACCAGCGCAGGGUUUUGGACAGCGCGACUCGUCAACGGCGUUUGACCCGCCAGCUGGAGGCUCUUGAGAAGGACAACUUUCAGGACGACCCGCACGCAAGCCUCCCGCAACUCGUCAAGCGGCUGCCGCAGUUUGACGAGAACAAUGAAUCCGGAAAACGACGGAAAAAGACAAGAGGCGAUCAUUUUAAGCAGCGAUUCCGAAAAAACUUCCAGGCUCUGCUCGAGGAGGAGGACUUAAGUGUGAGUGAGGGUCCAAACUAUUUGACUGCAUGUGCUGAGCCUUCUAAGCUUCCUCAACGUCAUUUCUGUGCUGUGUGUGGUUUCCCCUCCCACUACACCUGUGUGUCCUGUGGCGCACGCUAUUGCUGUGUCCGCUGCUUAGGGACACACCACGAGACCAGGUGUCUGAAGUGGACAGUUUGAGUGUUCAUGCUGUGCAAUAGCACAAUUCAUUUUCAGUAACGCUGGAGUUCAGCUUUUGCCUUCAGUUGGGUUAUAGAAAAAUGGACUGGUGGAGCCUAUUUCCAACCUUAAUUUUGUAAGGUGACGUGUAAAUAAGAAUGUUCUUCGAGAAGUUGGACUCCUUGUGGUCAUUGGCAUGAAACGCUGUGCUCUGUGGUGCUGCGGAGGUAGUGAAAGAAAAAGCUGUUAUUCCAUAUGCUAACAGCAUCCUUCCUGAUCUGCGCUCUCACAGCCGUUUGUGCCGAUGCUGGAGUGUGUUUAUGCUGCCGGCACACAUCCGCUUUAGAGCACCUACUCAGGCGGACCGCAGGUCUGCAGCCAGCAGUUUGCCUCCAGUAUCUGUCGGAUUAUGUGGCUCACUUAAUGAAGAGCCAGUCCUUGGCAGAAGAACCAUGUUGGCUCUGGUGUGGGCAGAGCUCCAGGUCAGAGGAGGCCAGAGCUGAAGAAGACUCUCCGUUUGCCUUCCUGCAGAUAUGCUACCGCAUGUGUAAUGACGCACAUGCGUAUAUUUGGAAGCUUUAUGAGACCUGUUUCAAAAGUCUCAAUUUGCUGGCAGUGUCGUCUGCUGUGGUGGAAUUUGAGGAAGGCAAUGUGCUCUAAAUGAAAUGUCAACCAAUGACAAGAAGGCAGGUUAUACUACCUGAUUAACUGUAUUAAUUACUCUCAUACUUUUUAAUUACUCUCAUACUUUACUGCGUAAACUACAGGCAUGUUGUCUCUUAAUGUCCUCAGUGUUUCCAGGCCAUUAGUUGAUUGAGUGCUUCCGAUUAGGUUCUCAGGUCUUUCUUCAGACUUUGUAAUGCGCCUGGUUGCUGUUUAUUAAGAAAAAAAUAAAGGUGUUGCAAAAGUG